ACCGAGGAACAGACUGAAGGAUGUGAAUAUGCACGUGUGUCCUCGGGGAGGGCAGGGACUAUUGCCAGCUGAGGUCAUCCUGGCAGUGGGAGCAAAGGGCUACACUGGACCUCAUUUCAUCUGGGGAGGGGGUACCAUGAGCCCCAACUCCAGACUUUCUCAUGGUUUCCACUCUGCCUGACACCUUUGCAUCCUGCUGGAGCCAAAGUCAGAAAAAGAGCCCCAGCUCCCCUCCUCUCCACCAGCCUCCCUCUCCCACAGCCAUCAAUUAUUCAUCAGCACAGACACCGCCCUCCCUAGCUGAGUGGUCUGGUCCUCCUCUCUAUGCCCCGCCCCAGCUCAGCCACACUGCCAGCUCCGGUGAGGAAGGACAAGCAGCUGGGCAGUGGAGGCCCGGCGGAAAGGCUGGGUGGCUGGCCCUGCUGGACCCCAGUUGAGGUUCUAGCACCUUCCCCUUUGGCACUUGCCUCCUGUCUCUUGCCCCCGGAGAAGAUGCCCAUCCAGAUCUUCUGUUCCAUGUCAUUCUCCUCUGGAGAGGAGGCCCCAGGACCCUUGGGAGAUGUUUGGGGUCCGCACCACCAGCAGCAGCGGUACGGCUCAGAAUCAGAUGAGGAGGAUGAAGAGAAGGGAAAGGAGGCACUGAGGAAAGAGACCAAUGAGGGGAACUCACCUAGGGACUUGGUGACCUUUGCCAACAGCUGUACCCUCCACGGUGCCAGCCAUGUCUUUGUGGAAGGGGGUCCAGGGCCAAGGCAGGCCCUAUGGGCAGUGGCCUUUGUCAUAGCACUGGGUGUCUUCCUGUGCCAGGUAGGGGACCGCAUUGCUUAUUACCUCAGCUACCCGCAUGUGACUUUGCUAGAUGAGGUGGCCACCACGGAGCUGGUCUUCCCAGCAGUCACCCUCUGCAACACCAAUGCCGUUCGGCUGUCCCAGCUCAGCUACCCUGACUUGCUCUACCUGGCCCCCAUGCUAGGGCUGGAUGAAAGUGACGAUCCUGGAGUGCCUCUUGCUCCACCUGGACCAGAGGCUUUCUCUGGGGAGCCCUUUAAUCUGCACCGUUUCUACAAUCGCUCCUGCCACCGGCUGGAGGACAUGCUGCUCUAUUGUUCCUUCUGUGGGGGGCCCUGUGGCCCUCACAACUUCUCAGUGGUCUUCACACGAUAUGGGAAGUGUUACACAUUCAACUCAGGCCAAGAUGGGCGGCCACGGCUGAAGACCAUGAAGGGUGGGACUGGCAACGGACUAGAAAUCAUGCUGGACAUCCAGCAGGAUGAAUACCUGCCUGUGUGGGGGGAGACUGAUGAGACAUCUUUCGAAGCAGGCAUCAAAGUGCAGAUCCACAGUCAGGACGAACCUCCUUUCAUUGACCAGCUGGGCUUUGGCGUAGCCCCAGGCUUCCAGACUUUUGUGUCCUGCCAGGAGCAGCGGCUCAUCUACCUGCCCUCACCCUGGGGCACCUGCAAUGCUGUUACCAUGGACUCGGAUUUCUUCGACUCCUACAGCAUCACCGCCUGCCGCAUUGAUUGUGAGACACGUUACCUGGUGGAAAACUGCAACUGUCGCAUGGUGCACAUGCCAGGUGACGCCCCAUACUGCACUCCAGAGCAGUACAAGGAGUGUGCAGACCCUGCCCUGGACUUCCUGGUGGAGAAGGACCAGGAGUACUGCGUGUGUGAAAUGCCCUGCAACUUGACCCGCUAUGGCAAGGAGCUGUCCAUGGUCAAGAUCCCCAGCAAAGCCUCAGCCAAAUACCUGGCCAAGAAGUUCAACAAGUCUGAGCAGUAUAUAGGGGAGAACAUCCUGGUGCUGGACAUUUUCUUUGAAGUCCUCAACUAUGAGACCAUCGAGCAGAAGAAGGCCUAUGAGAUUGCAGGGCUCUUGGGUGACAUCGGGGGCCAGAUGGGGUUAUUCAUCGGUGCCAGCAUCCUUACCGUGUUGGAACUCUUUGACUACGCCUACGAGGUCAUCAAGCACAGACUGUGCCGAAGAGGGAAGUGCCAGAAGGAGAACAAGAGGAGCAGUGCGGACAAGGGCGUGGCGCUCAGUUUGGAUGACGUCAAAAGACACAACCCCUGCGAAAGCCUCCGGGGCCAUCCUGCCGGGAUGACAUACGCUGCCAACAUCCUACCUCAUCAUCCGGCUCGAGGCACGUUUGAGGACUUUACCUGCUAAGCCCCGAAGGCCACUGUACCAAAGGCCUAGGUGGGGAGGGCUAGGAGAGCAAGGGGCCCCCAACUGCCCCCUCGUCUGCCCUGGGGACUCAACUGCACUCCUAGGCAGUCCUUCCCUUUUGUCUGUGAUGAGGAAGGAGUUUUGACAAUGAGUCCUCUCCCUGCCUCUAGCCCAUCUUUUUAUUUUAACACAAUUAAACGAAUCUAAAAAAAGAAAAGGAGAGAAGGGCACAGGACUUCAGGCUGCCCCUCUCUGCUCCAAGCUGCCUCCCCUAGCUCCCAGCCUGAAUUCUGUCUGUCUGGCUGUCUGUCAUCUGAGUGUCCGCCUACAUUCUGCUGCCACCAGUCACCAAAGUGAGGGGUGGAGGGGAAUCCCUGGGGCUGAAAUUUGGCCCCAAACCAUAGAAUGUACCUUAAGGGAGAGGGCUAGUGAGGGGGCUUCCCCAGCCUUAAGAGACUCUCUUAGUCCAGUGACUCCCCCAAAGCCCAAGUCUCCAGGUAGGAACUAAAUCCCCAUUUCCACUCUCUCAAUGGUAUGGAAUCUCUAGGGGGUGGAGGAUCUCCUGAAGAAGUAGAGAUGGGGACUGGAUGUGACCCUGGUGCUGUAGGCCACAUCUCACUAUCUACAAGUCACCUCCACCCCAAACUACUGGAGAGAAAUCCCAAAAGGCAGCCCUCUUCUACAUCCCAUAAAAGACCUGGCAGGUUAGCUUCCAGCUCAGGGAGAGGGGCACUGGUGCCUGACCUCACUGGCUUCUCUCCCAGAGGCCUUUGCAGAGGGCCACAUCCAUAAAUUUUCUUAUGGAACUCUCCCAAGUCCUCUUCCCCGACUUCAUCUGCUUCUUUCAACAACCUCAUCUGCAUUUUCUAUUUCUAUAUGAUACAGACUCUAUAUUGCUAUAUCUCUGUAUAUACUUUCCUCUAACCCUGUCUGUCUCCACCCCAUUCCCUUGUCUCUGAGAAUCAUCCUCCCACCCCAAGUUUUCCCUUCUGUUUCUCCCCAUCCCCCAUCUCUGAAUGCCUUCGCCUGUAUAAAGAGUUGGACUCUCCCCUGGUGUCUGUACUGUGUACACACAUCCCUCUGAGAAGCACAAGGAGACGACACGCGCAUUGUAACCUUCGCACUGUCUCGGUGGCGACAUAAAGGAAGCUGUGAAUCACAAGCUCUGCCUCUUUCUGGCCUCCCCUCUACACCCUACAACCUGGGCACCCUCUGCCCCUCCCCCUGCAGCCUUAACAGUCCCUCCCGCCUGCUCCACCUAUCCCAACGCCCUUUGCCUGGCUGACAGUGGCUUCCCCAGGGAAGGGGUUGCUGCAGAGGUAGUGCCCAUCCAAUGGAGGAAGCUAUGCUGGACACUAAGCCAAGAGUGUUAGAGACAAAAGGGAGCUAGGGAUUGGUGACUCUUCAAGCUGGGGCAGUGGAUGCCCACAGGCAGAAACUGAAGUCCUCAGUCAGUGGCCUUUCUCUCCUUCCAGAUACCCAAGCCCACCACUUCUAUUUUCUGGUGAGGCAGGGUUUGGUCAUGAGAGGAAAGAGGUAGGCCUAGAGGGGGAGUUGAAAGCUCUACUGUUCUGUCUGUCUCUAUCUUAAUAGAAGACAAGUUGAGGUAGAGGCUUCCAUACCCCCACCAGGCACUCCUCCCAGGCCAGAGCCCCAACCCUUUUCCAGGCUUUCUCUGCCCCACUGUCUCUUGGUCUCUAAUCCCAGAAUAGGACCUGUGGGCAGAUCACCUGUGUGUUGGCCUGGAGCCAAAGUGAGGCUAUAGGAUCUUUGAGAACUUAGUUCCUGAGAGCUCCUUAGAGAUAGACUUCCUUAGAAGGAAACAGGAGCAAGGCCAGGAAGUGUGUGCUGGCUGGGGGACAGCAGACAGGGCUCUGGGCAACGCAUGCCUCUGGUCUAAUAAACUGGGUUUCAACCAUCUCUUCUUCA